AAUCGACACUGACUUCCUCAGUCGGAGGGUGGAGUAGAGAGCAGCGAGCGAGCAAGGAGGAAGACGUCAGAUUGUGGAUUAUCUGUAUCUCCCGUUUUAGCGUGUUGACAGCUUUUUGUUUUGGGAAACAAGGUGUCGGUCUUAACCGCAAGGUCUCCAAAAUGACCGAGCAACGGAGUGGCUAUCAGCAGCUCACCAAUGAAGAGGAGGCUGGUGAGGUCCCCCAGGAGACAGCUGACGCCCCUCCGCCUUACAACCACAUUGCUGGAGGAGACGGAUGCUACCCCUCUCCUCCGUCGUACAACGUUGCCACUACAUUGCCCACUUAUGAUGAAGCAGAGAGGACCAAAGCUGAGUCUGCCGUGCCCCUUGUCACUGGAAGGGAGGAGGACUUUAUUGCCAGGGAUGACUUUGACGAUGCUGACCAACUACGGAUUGGCAACGAUGGCAUAUUCAUGCUGACGUUCUUCAUGGCCUUCCUGUUCAACUGGAUCGGCUUCUUCCUGUCCUUCUGCCUGACCCCCUCUGCCGCUGGUCGCUAUGGCGCCAUCUCAGGCUUCGGCCUCUCCCUGGUCAAGUGGAUCCUCAUCGUCAGGUUUUCCACCUACUUCCCUGGCUACUUCGACGGGCAGUACUGGCUGUGGUGGGUCUUCCUUGGGCUGGGAUUCCUGCUGUUCUUCAGAGGGUUCAUAAAUUACUCCAGAGUGCGGAAGAUGGCCGAUUCCUCCUUCUCCAGCAUGCCCCGGACCAGAGUACUCUUCAUCUACUGAAGGGUGCCCACAAACAUCGCUCUGUAUGAGAAAUCUACAGAGGCUAAAACAUCAAAGAAAAAGAAGAAAAUGGCUUUUAAAAAAUGAUGACGUACCAUUUAGCUAUGAUGAAUGAUUCUUUGUUUCUUUGUGCACAUUUUUACUAAUGGAUGCUGAUAGUACUGUAACCAUUUACUUGUUAGUAGCUCAUGUCAAGUGCUAUUUUUCCAAUUAAUCUGUGAUGCCUUAUGUAUCAUUUGCUGACGGUUGUUAAUUAACUAACAGGAGCAGGCUUGUCAACGCUGUAGAACUGAAAUCAUGUUUCUGCUUUCGGACAGCAGGGGGCAGCCUUGCUUAAUGUGUUUUAUGUUUGUUUUUUUGUUUUGGAACAAGAUUUUAAUUUUUUUGAAGGGGUUAAAUGAAAUACUGUACUUGGUACUUUCUUCUGCGCCAUCAUUUUGAGUUUCUGUAUAUGGAUGAUAAAACCUCAACUUUCGAAAGGUUUGGGUUACUUAUUUGUUUUUACUUUGUAAGUAAGUAUGUAAACUUUUAGUGUGACAUUUUAAAUUCAGUGUUUGAUAUUUUAAGAAAAACAAAAAAAAGAUGGCGGUUUUUAGUCAGUGACACACAUGGUACUGUAGACAUGCGUUCUUCAAAUCUUCAAAUAAAUCUGUUUUAAAAGUG